UGGGAACGUCAUUUCAGGAGGAGGAAGUACACUGCUGGGAACGUCAUUUCCGGAAGAAGAAGUACAGUGUGAAACUAACUUCACUAGUAAUAACGGCAUCAAACGUAACAUUGCUUGUAAAAUGUAUAUAUUUUCUCGUUAUGGUUUGCAUUUCUGCUGGUUGUGCUUCUGCUGUCUUUCAACAACAACCGAAGGCCAGGUUCAGGUUGUUGCUCCAAUGUCCAGGGUUCAUGCCGUAGCGGGUGGUGAUGUCAUCCUUCCCUGUUACCUGAACCCCACUAUGAAUGCUGCGAACCACACAGUGGAGUGGCUCAGACCAGACUUGAAGCCAAAAGAGGCACAUUGUUACCGCGACCAUCGUGACUCUGAAGAGGACCAGAAUCCAUCCUACAGGGGAAGGACGUCACUGUUCAAAGAAGAACUGAAGAACAGCAACGUCUCCUUAAAGCUGAACAGAGUUACUCUCUCUGAUGCUGGAAGCUACACCUGCUUCAUUCCAACAGUGAGCAGGACUCAGAGACCUGUCGUUCAACUCCUGGUCGAUGACAAAAAAUAUUCAUCUCCCCCAAGACAACCAUCACAAUCAAGCCCUGGAUCUCAGCCAGUCCUCUCUAUUGAAGGAACUAAUGGUAGUGGGCUGGUCCUGAGGUGUGAGUCCGAAGGCUGGUACCCUGAACCUGAGCUGGAGUGGCUGGACAACAAUGGAACCAUCCUCCCUGCUGCUGGACCUACAGAGACCGAGACUGACACUGAAGGUUUCUUCACUGUGAGACGAAAUGUCACCAUACAGCAGACUGACAACAACUGGUUCACCUGUAGAGUUCAACAGCAGAACACCUUCAGAACGAAGCAGAUUCGCAUUCCUGAUGACAUCUUUCCCAAGCCGUGCCAGUCCUACUGGACAGUUGGGCUUUGUCUGGCAGUGGGAGCUGCAAUGGGAGCUGCAGUAGUCGCACCAAUGGGAUAUGUGGUCGGAAAUCGACGUGCGAAACGUCAAUGCGUGACAGGUGAAACCGUCGAUCUUGAAAAUCUAUCAGUGCCAUUGAACGGGAACCCCUCAAGAGAGCUCAAUUGAAUGAGAUGAGACUCGAGGCAGGAGAGACACUGAUGCCAGCAGCUCUCCUGUUUCCGUCCCACUUCGCACCUUUUCCCAGGCGGACUUGAGAUUCGAACCGGUGACCCGUCGAAGCACAGAUCUGGGGGAGGGUACCAUGAACAACAAGGUUCUCUGCUCUGAUGAAACCAAGAUUGAACUCUUUGGCCUGAAUGCCAAGCGUCACGUCUGGAGGAAACCUGGCACCAUCCCUACUGUGAAGCAUGGUGGUGGCAGCAUCAUGCUGUGGAGAUGAUUUCAGCGGCAGGGACUGGGAGACUAGUCAGGAUCAAGGGAAAGAUGAACGGCGCAAAGUACAGAGGUCUUUGAUAAAACCUGCUCCAGAGCGCUCAGGAUCUCAGAACAACCAUGUCGAAGUCAUUACUAAUUUGUGAUGUCACUAAGUAGAACAACAUAACUGUUUCUCUGAAUGUGUAUAUUUCCCAGUGAUUAGAUUCACAUCCAAAUGUUGGAACGUAUAUCAUUAAAUAGGAAACUUAUUUAUGAGAGAAUUGUUUUUCAUAUGAAGUCUGAACCAAGUCAGUGGCCCAUGUGAGCACAGACGUUAUGACGUUGGCCUGUUGGUGAGGUUUAUGACCCCCAUAAAUACCCCCUUUUCUCUCUCUACUCUACAGAAUGGACUCAUGCAAAGCCCUUUGUUAACAUAGGUUGGGGAACGGAACCAUAUUUCGGUAAUCCAACCAGUUGAAAAUAUGCGUUGGUACUUAAAGAAUAUGAUGUCAGAUCAGUUGUUGUCUGAGAUAUUAUUACUGAUGACAGGACGACAUAAACUGUGUCUUGGAAAGUCUACACAUUCUAGUUAUCAGAUUCACAUGGGAUUGUUGUGCAAUUUAAAUGUUUAAAUAUGAAACUAUUUGUGAAAAGAUUAAAUGUAAUUUUAGAUUACAUUUAUUUCUAAAUGAGAGAAUGGUUUCCAUAGAGUAAAAACUCUGCUCACUCGGUGGCCCCGCCCAAGUGAACAGACAUUGGUUGUAAACUAUGAAACAUGCCCCUCUCUCCCACAACUAUAUAAGCCCGUUGACAAAAAUGUAACUUUGUGUUCCGAGGACGGGAGGACGACGGUUCCUGCGUUAAAAGGGCUAAGAUAAUAACCUAACGAAAUUCGCAUCGUGUUCAAUGUGAAGGUGACGAUCGACAUGCCGAAAGGAUGAAUUUCGACUAUACCAGCCAGAAUAUAGCAUGAGCUUACAAGUAUGGCAACUUGGUAUGAACUUUGAACUCUUAUUCACUCCAGAAGUGAUACCUCCUAGCCGAUGAGUUAGCAGCAGCCACUGUAAAUGUGGGCUAGGAAAGGACAAACAACGUAUCCAGUCUAACACACAACGACGAUACUAUAACGUGUCCAGUUUACCACCAGAGACAUUCUUCAGAAGACAAGAGAUCCCUGCUGGAUCUCUUGCAUUUAUAUUUCUUGCAUUUUCCUUUUCCAAAUUGGCGGUAAUUUAGAAUGCAUAAGAUUCUGUAUUUACGAUAGCUUUCCCAUUUGUUCUUCAGUCUUCCCGCGCUUUCAUUCAAGCCCAACCCCCUUUCUUUGUGUUACCAGCCAUUGUAUCUGUUCCGUCCCCUAAGGACGUUUUCCUUUAUGACAUAAUUACUAAUCAAAGUAUGAUCCAUUCUGUGUAUAUGUAAUUCUGUGUGAUUUAAAAAAAAACAUUUUUACAUUUUAUUUUUAGUAAAUAAAUAAUUAAGCCAAU